AUGGCAAUUGGUACAAAAAUUGCCAUCCUUUACGGAUCAGAGACCGGUAAUUCACAUGAAUUUGCGUCGAUACUUUCAUAUAAACUGCAUAAGUUACAUUUCCCACAUGCCCUUAUGACUUUAGGCGAUUAUGAUGCCAAGUCUAUUCUAACAUGCAAAUAUCUUUUCAUUAUCUGUUCAACAACGGGUCAGGGUGAAUUGCCUCGCAAUGCGAAGGAAGCGGCCAACGGAUCUGAGGUGGACACAUUAUGGGCACUUCUUAAGAGAAAAAAUUUGCCCGGAGACUUGCUAUCACAUCUCAAAGUUGGUAUGCUUGGACUUGGUGACUCUUCGUAUCCCAAAUUCAACUAUGCAGUGCGGAAGCUGCAUAAUCGAAUGGUUGAUCAACUUGGUGCUCAAUUACUUUUCGCGCGCUUGGAAGCCGAUGAGUCUGGAGCACGCGGCAGCAACGCCAGAAAUGGGGUUGGAGUCGAGGGAGUUUAUUUCCAAUUUGAGAAAAGAGUGCUCGAAACCCUCAUGACUAAGUAUCCCACUAGAAAAGUUGGGAAAGAUCAAUUUCUACGCGAACCAGUCUCUGACGAGAACUACUUGAAACCUCUUUUCAAUGUUACCUUGGAUGAAUCUGGUCCCACAUGUGAUAUUAUUGAAUUCUCUGGAACUACAGUCGCUAAGACUGGAACAGUGACCAACAACGGAAGGAUUACUCAUCGUGAUCACUUUCAGGACGUGAGACGAUUCUGUUUCCAGAACCAAGGAGAACAAUACUAUCCUGGUGAUACGGCCUCCAUAUACCCGUGCAAUUCCGAUGAGUCCGUACAGAAGUUCCUAGAAUGUCAACCCGAAUGGUUGAGCAUCGCAGAUAAACCACUUAAAUUCGAAGGCAUUUUGCCUUCUGAUCUCGUCGAUGGUGGCAUUAUAACCUACAAAACGUUGAGAACUCUUCUGAAAUAUCAUUUGGAUAUAAACAGUAUCCCUAGGAAGAUAUUCUUCAUGAAAACAUGGAUGUUUGCAACGGAUGCUUCUCGUUUACAAGGCGGCGAACAACAGCUAGAUCAGCAACGGUCAAAGCUACGCCAAUUCGCAUUAGAUGAGGAUAUGGAAGAUUUAUAUGAUUACUGCAAUAGGCCUCGCAGAUCGAUUUUGGAGGUACUUCAAGAUUUUCCUUCGCUGGUGUUGCCUUGGACUUUUUUGUUCGAUUUUCUACCAAUUUUGAAGCCCCGGUUGUUUUCCAUUUCUAGCUCGCCAUCGCAAAGCCCGGUUGAGCUAACUAUUGCAUUGGUCAAAUACCAGACAAUUUUAAGACAAGUGAGGCGAGGAGUGUGCUCUCAGUAUAUCGACCAACUUAGAGAAGGUGAUAUUGUGAGAUACAAACUUCAACAUAACCAGCUUUUGAAAAAAGACAUGAAACAAAAGCCCUGCAUUAUGAUCGGUCCCGGGGUUGGUAUAGCGCCCAUGAUGUGCCUUCUGCGUUCUCAUUUCUUCGAAGACCAAUAUCUGUUUUUCGGCAAUCGAUUCAAUGCCAGAGACUUCCUCUACAAGGAGGAGCUAUCAGCUUUCGAACAAGAGGGUUUACAUCUUUACACCUGUUUUUCUCGUGAUCCUGUCAAUAAUUUCAAUGUCAAAUACGUCCAGGAUUUGUUAUGGCAAAAUGGGCAAGUGGUAGGUGAACUGCUUAUCGAGAAGAAAGGAAUAAUAUAUUUGUGCGGCUCGUCGGGUAAAAUGCCUGUGCAGGUCAGAAUCACCAUACUCGAAAUUCUAAAAAGAUGGUGUCAGAUGAACGACGAGCAGGCUCAGACGUACUUACAGGAAAUGGAAAGGACAGAUAGAUAUUUACAAGAAACUUGGUGA